AUGGGUUUUUACUUCAGCAGUUUACUAACUGCUUUAUUGAGCAUAGUUUGCUCAGCCAGUGCCGAAAUAAACGACCCACUUUAUGAAUCACAAAGGCAAUUUAUUCUUCAAGUCUUUCAUAAUCCGAAUGUGAAUACCUUAACUAAGGAAAAGUAUAUUCCGGAUUUGAUAUCAUUUUAUCUUCGCUAUCCUAACGAUGUUCCUCUAUCUGACGUGGAAAGGCAACAAUUUGAUAGAUUCAUCCAAAGCUACAACUAUUACCGGAAUGUUUUGAUUGACGGAGUACAUCCCCAAGGGGGAGCAAUUGGUUCUAUAUUUGGAAAUUUCUUAGGCAGACUCGGAUCACGAUAUGUUACGGCACUGUUCAAUAAAAAGAAAGAAGGUCAAGAGAACCGUGACACAAAUUCAACUACACUACCGAGAAGUAUUCAAAACUUCUCGUAA